GCUAAGAUUGCUGGAGGCAGUGUGUCUCCCUUAUUGUUCGGGUAACGAAACUCUAUGUGAAUCUGCUACUAGUUUCAAUGUAAUCCCGUAUCCACAGGCAGUCGGUCCGACAUGGCGACCAUGCAGAAGCCCUGCUUCGCAACAACCAACAUCUGAUUUCCUAAACGUUGCGACUGUACUCUCAAGGGGGAGUGGAAACUACAGUUACCGAGUAAAAAAUCGUACACGUGGAAUAUCUGCAGAUUUUACGCGAAGGGCUGACACCAGGCCUCCGCAGGGACGAUGGCAGAGCCGGAGCCGAGACCGACUGCAGGCCAGCGGCUGGGCGCUCAGGACAGUCUGGGGAUCAGCACUCUGGACCCGGGCCACAAGCCCCCCGCCAUGCCCCCGGGACGCCAGGUCUCCGUCCGCGUGCACCUACUGGACGACAGCGAGGAGGCGUUCGACGUCUCGCAACGGGCCUCCGGUAGGGUGUUGCUGGACCUGGUCUGUGCCCAUCUCAACCUCAUUGAGGGAGACUACUUCGGCCUGGAGUACCAGAACCACCGCAAGAUGACCGUCUGGCUGGAUCUUUUGAAGCCUAUCAUCAAACAGAUCAGACGCCCCAAGCACACGGUCCUGCGGUUCGUGGUCAAGUUCUUCCCCCCGGACCACACCCAGCUGCUGGAGGAGCUGACCAGGUACCUCUUCGCCCUGCAGAUAAAGCAGGAUCUGGCCAGAGGCGUCCUGGUCUGCAACGACAGCAGCGCCGCCCUGCUGGUCUCCCACAUAGUGCAGUCUGAGCUUGGGGAUUUCGAUGAGGCUCAGUGCAGGGGGCAUCUCCUCACUAACAAGUACAUUCCUGACCAGGACGCUCUGAUAGAUGGGAUCAUGGAUUGCCAUCGCAAACACACAGCGCAGACGCCGGCGGAGUCGGACUACCAGCUGCUGGAGAUCGCCCGCAGGCUGGAGAUGUACGGCAUGCGGCCACACCCGGCCAAGGACCGGGACGGCACCCAGCUGGGCCUGGCUGUGGCACACACCGGCGUCCUGGUCUUCCAGGGGCCCACGAAGAUCAACGCCUUCAACUGGUCCAAGAUUCGCAAGCUGAGCUUCAAGAGGAAACGCUUUCUCAUCAAGCUGAGGCCCGACCUCAAUCAAAGCACGGACACGCUGGAGUUCCUCAUGGCCAGCCGUGACUGCUGUAAGGUGUUCUGGAAGAUCUGUGUGGAAUACCACGCCUUCUUCCGCCUCUUUGAGGAACCCAAACCCAAACCCAAGCCCGUCCUCUUCACCCGGGGCUCCUCCUUCAGAUUCAGUGGACGGACGCAGAAACAGGUGAUCGAUUACGCCAGGGACUCAGAUUUUAAAAAGAUCCCCUUUGAGAGGAAACACAGCAAAGUCCAGUCUCACAGCGGCCUGUCUCCACUGCCUUCGCUGCAGCGCCCCCAAGUGCCCAAAGAAAGCGCGCUCAGCUCCUCAGGGGACGAGCUGGACUCCUCGAGCCGGUCGGGAUGGCGGGAGACGGUGUCGGUCAGCGUGGAGGACUCGUCAGCCUCGCGGAAGAAGAGCAGCCCCUCCCCCCAGCGCAACGGGCGCCAGGAGCGGGCGGGGCCAGGGGCGGAGCCCUCGCCGUCCGGCCAGCGAGCGGAGACUGUCAGCACAGGAGCGAUGGUGAGCUGCCCCCGGCUCUCGGACUCGCCCAAACUGGCCGUGGUGAACGGACAGAGGCACGGCCUGGCCCCCACUCUGAGCCUGGACGGCCCUCCGCCCUCCCCCCUCACCAGCCCCCUGCUGAACGACGGCGGCGGCACGCGCACCGACGAUGAGGACGAGGUUCGGAGGAAGAGGUUCCCCACGGACAAAGCCUACUUCAUCGCCAAGGAACUACUGACCACAGAGCGGACGUACCUGAAGGACCUGGAGGUCAUCACCGUGUCUUUUCAGAAUUCGGUGGCGAAAGACGAGGCCACGCCUGAAUCUCUCAGGAACUCCAUCUCCUCCAACUUCGAGCCCCUGCACAAGUUCCACAGCAGCUUCCUGAGGGAGGUGGAGCAGCGACUCGCUGUGUGGGAGGGGCGCUCUAAUGCCCACAUCAAAGGAGACUACCAGCGCAUCGGUGACGUCAUGCUGAAGAACAUCCAGGGCAUAAAGCAGAUGACGGUGCUCCUGCAGAAGCACUCGGAGGUGCUGCUGGAGCUGGAGCGUGUGUGCCGGUCCUCCCGCAGGGUGGAGGCGCUGUGCCGUGACUUUGAGCUGCAGAAGGUGUGCUACCUGCCCCUGAACGUCUUCCUGCUGCGGCCCCUGCACCGUCUCAUGCACUACAAGCAGAUCCUGGAGCGGCUGUGCAAGCACUACCCGCCCACGCACCAGGACUUCAGGGACUCUCGAGCUGCCCUGGCAGAUGUGUCUGAGAUGGUGGCCCAGCUUCACUGCCCCAUGAUCAAGAUGGAGAACUUCCAGAAGCUUCUGGAACUGAAAAAGGACCUGGUUGGCAUCGACAACCUUGCUUUACCAGGACGGGAGUUUAUCAGGUUGGGCUGUCUGAGCAAGCUGUCUGGAAAAGGCCUGCAGCAACGCAUGUUUUUUCUGUUCAAUGACGUCCUGCUGUAUACGAGUCGAGGGAUGACACCAGCCAAUCAGUUCAAAGUUCACGGGCAGCUCCCCCUCUACGGAAUGACGAUCAGGGAGAGCGAGGACGAGUGGGGGGUGCCGCACUCCUUCACCCUGUCGGGCCAGCGCAGCUCCGUGGUGGUGGCAGCGAGCUCUGUAGCGGAGAUGGAGAAGUGGAUGGAAGAUAUCAAGAUGGCCAUUGACCUGGCGGAGAAGUGCAACGGGCCCAGCUCUGACCCCGUCCUGGCAGGCAGCCUGAUAGAGAACAAAUCCUUGGAGGACCCGACUCUAGACCAGGAGUCGGAGGACGACCUGAGCGCCUCGCGCACGUCUCUGCAGAGACAGGACGCUCACCGUGGUAACACCACGGUACACGUGUGCUGGCACAGGAACACCAGUGUGUCCAUGCUGGACUUUAGCAUUGCAGUGGAGAAUCAGCUCUCCGGCAACCUGCUGAGGAAGUUUAAGAACAGCAACGGUUGGCAGAAACUGUGGGUGGUCUUCACCAACUUCAGCCUCUUCUUCUACAAGACAUAUCAGGAUGACUACCCCCUGGCCAGCCUGCCGUUGCUGGGGUACUCCGUCACCAUUCCCACAGAGAACGAGAACAUCCACAAAGACUACGUCUUCAAGCUCCACUUCAAAUCCCACGUCUACUACUUCAGAUCUGAGAGCGAGUACACCUUCGAGAGGUGGAUGGAGGUCAUCCGCAGUGCCACCAGCUCUACCAGUCGCACCCGCUUCUUAAGCCGAAAGGAGCCCCACCCCUACUGAUCCAAAGAGCCAGGCCCCUCCCUCUGCCACGCCCUGGCCCCUCCCUCUGUCACGCCCUGGCCCCUCCCUCUGCCACGCCCUGGCCCCUCCCACCCAUUUUGGUACAGAAUCCCACACAGUCAGCUGCACAGUUGUCAGUUUUGCUCUUUGAUCCUUUUUUGGGGGCUUUGUUUUGUUUUUAAACAUAACUGGGAUACUCAUUGAUAUAGCAGUGUCUCAGUAUUUCAGAGAUCACGUGUGCUCAGUAACAGCAGAAAGACUGCUUUCCCGCAUUUUUACUGUGCUCUGAAUCAUCUUUUGUAGAAUGUCAUUUUAUACGAUUUUUUAAAAUGGUCUGUGAACCACUCUCUCUCAUUCUGGUUUUACAUGUUUUCAUUGGCUGUGUUUCCAAUAUGCAGACCUGUCUACAAAGACAGGCUAUACAUUUUGUUUUAUUUUUUAAACUGCAGGUUUGUUGCAUAGAUAACUACUACUUUUUUGCUACUCAAAACAUGUUUUUUUGUUUGUUCGUUUUGAAGGACAGUGGCUGCUUUCAAAUCCAACUGCUUGAGUGCCAAACAGAAUUUUUUUCCCCAAUGACUGUCUUUAUAAUGUGUUUUUAAUAUGUUGGAGAGACAUAGGUUUCGAAAAAAAGGAAUUUCAGAGAAUUGAUGUACUAAAGUAAACGUAUAGGCACCUUUAAAAGAAAAUGUAUUUAACUCUUAAGAUGUCCCUGGGAAAUAUGACUUGAAUUAAUAUGUUCAGGAUAACCUAAAAAUAUACAAUGUUGGUUUUCUCAUGAUUAAUGUUUUGGAUUAAUAAUCAUCUGAAAGUACAUGCUAAAGUAGUUCCCAUGCCAGUACUGGUGCUUACACUAAAUUUAAAUUUAAAUGUAAAAUUACCCUUAGUGUUCAUUAUACACAAUGCUAAGAGUGUCUCUUCUUUUCCUCUCUCCUGUGCUCAAAUGGGACUUCCUUUUACACCUCAUGACCUAUGACUUUUGACUUAUGAACUUUCAUCAGUAUUCAUUUUUGAGGAAAUUCCCAUAUGGACAGAAGCUUUAAAGCUGAAUUAGUAAAUACACAAUGAAGACACUUUCAUUUGGAUAAAUACCACAGACCCCUCAGAAGUUGUAAUUGGCUCCCAGGUGUGAGAAAUCCUUAGUUGUUUAAAACCCUGCACAGAGAUGUCUUUUUAAUCACACUGUUUGACUUAAGGUCUACACUCAAACUUAAUGACUUAGGGUCUACACUCAGUGAGCAAUUUAUUAGGUAGACUUGUACACCAGCUUGUUAAUGCAAAUAUUUAAUCAGCCAAUCAUGUGGCAGCCUACAUAAAAGCAUGCAGAGAUGAUCAAGAAGUUCAGCUGUUGUUCAGACCAAAUGUCAGAAUGGGGAAUAAAUGUGAUCUAAGUGACUUUGACCGUUGACUGAUUGUUGGUGCUAGACAGGGUGGAUUGAGUAUCUCAGAAACUGCUGAUGUCCUGGUAUUUUCAUACACAGUUUGCAGAGAAUGGUGCAAAAAACAAAAAAACAUCCAGUGAGCAGCAGUUCUGCAGGCAAAAAUGCCUUGUUAAUGGGAAAGGUCAGAGGAGAAGGGCCAGACUGGUCGAAGCUGCCUGGAAGGUGACAGUAAUGCAAAUAACAACACAUUACAACAGUGGCAUGCAGAAGAACAUCUCUGAACACACACUGUGUCAAACCUCUAAGUGGAUAGAAGACCAAUAAGUCUAAAAAUGAAGUCUAACAAAUACCUAAUUAAGUGCUCACUGAGUGUACAUAAUUGCUAAAUAAACAUCAACAUACAUUUUAAAUGUCAUAUCCUACCAUUAAAAUGCAUUGAUUCAUGAUAAACAGGUUUAUCAACACUUCAGAACAGCAGGAUGAGUAAGAACUCUACUAGCCACCAGGAUACGACUGUUUCCAGGGUAACUUAACCACUGCACACCCCUGUGGUUCAGAACAUGUCUUACACUGUUUGCCAGGUUCAAAUCUCAAAGGCCAGAGAUUGUAGUCUUUCAACAUGUACCUAAUUUGUACAUGUACCUACACACUUUUGAUAAAAUAAAACUGAUACUCCGUCAGUGUCUUUUUAGAAUUUAAUUCACUUCUUUAUUAACAGGAAAAUGGGCUGAAAAGAGUAUUGCUGAGUGCACAGGGACUUUAAAAGAAAUUGCUGAAAUGAGAAUAGUCUGUUCGGGGGGUGCAGGAGAAAUGGACUAAACACUUUGUGUGUGUCCCCCGUCCCCGUCCCCGUCCCCCAACAGCAGAAGAUCUGUGGACAUGAAAGCAAUAAAAAACACAUUUUAUGA